GAAGUUGUAGAUUUGGCUCCUCAUUCUCUCUCUCUCUCUCUCUCGUGGUCUAAGAGGGCUUCGGGCUCAUUCAUGAGCCCGAGCGACAUCGGAUCGGGCGAAUCCGGGACGGGGCGGAGUAGACAUGCGAGUCGAUCUGCAUGAAUUUAUCUUCACACCCAUCUUUUCGAAGGAAGGAAAGACUUGAGCGCCUUCAUGAGGUUCAUUCGUCCAUGUUCCGGACAGGCGGUAGCUGUGGGAAGAAUCUGAGGCGAAUGAUGACGAUGUAAAGGACAGCUCCAUGUUAAGAUUUGAAAACUGAUGGACUUGUGAUCAUGACGGAAACAAGGAGGAGGAGGAGGAGGAGGAGCAGGUAAUAUAGCAAAAAGGAUGGGAAGAAGAAGGAACCCCAUCCAUGGAGCCAUCGAGCCGUACGAGGAUGAAACUGAGGGCGUAGGACAGGCACAGCAUCCGUAGAGCUGAGGCGAUGUUUUGAAGACGUCUUUAAUUUCUUGUCAUUUUCCAUCGUGUAGCCGCGUGGUGGGCCUGGCCCAUCUUAUCUUGCCUUUCGAAGCCCGUCUAAUCAAUCCCUAGAAAAGAAAAGACGCGAGAAUGAAAUCCGUCUAAAAAAGAUGUGCGGCUUAAACUCCUCCCCUUCCCUUCCCUCCCCUCCCCUUCCCUUCUUUCACAUGUCCUCCGUUCUCGUGCGAAGCGCAACUGUUUGCUCCGAGUCAGCGGUAAAGAUCGCGGGCAAUCGAAGCCUCCGAUUGGCCCCAGAUGGCUGCUAGAGGCUAGAGGCUAGAGGCUAGAGGCUUGAUUGAUGCUCGUCGCAACGAGAUGGGGUCGUCCACCAGCACCAGCACCAGCACCAUUACAGCAUCGGUGAAUCAACAACGGUCUAUGAAUCAGAACAGAGCACAUUGUCAAAGAGCCCAAAAGAAUGCAUUGCCGGAUAUUCUCGACACCUUUCUGCUGCAGCAUUAAAAGAGUGCGAGAAUCUCAAAAUUUUCUGUUUACUUUCCUGUGCACAUCGCACUCGAAUGAUGAUGAGGUCGCAGUAGAUAUGUCUGGAACUUCCAUGGCGUGCGUCGGUCAAAAGGUGAAAUCCAAGCAAGACAAAGUAAGCAAGUGCCAAGGAGAUGUAAAAGCUCGUAGACCCUGCUAGAGCAUUCCGAGCUUGACCACAUCCAUUCAACUGCAACUGCAAUGGAAUAUGAAUAUGAGGAGUGAAGUCCAAGUCGAACAUAUCCGCACCUUUUUCUGCGUCCAAGUACUAGUCAGGAGAAUGUGGGUGGGAAGGUGGUAGCGUGUUGCGAGAAUUCAAUCGUCUUGUAGGACGGGGGGAAAUGACCGCCAGCAGACGUUAUCUAGUCUUUUAGUUAUACAGAAAAAAUGGAGGCACAGUGUACCACGCCCCACGAUAGCCGUGCGGGGUCUGGUGAUAGGUCGGAACAGUUUGCGAGCUGAUAAGUAGGCAACAUUGUUUCCUUUUGAAUCUGCUUUUAUAAGAGGAUAAACACACCUGGGUGUUCAUCAUCGGCUUUGACUGAUGUCUAUUAUUGGCUGCAGAUUGUUGCCAUACUCAAGCUCCGG